UCUCAACCCACACCCACCACCCGUUGCAACACAUCGCCCAUCAUGCCCGAGUACCGCCCCUCUAUGGAUGAGUACAGAAACGCUCAAGCAGCGUGAGGAGCACAUCCGCGAGUCUUGGGUCAAGGCGAUGGAGGCGCGCAUCGUGCGCGACGAGCUUCAGAAGUGCUACAAGUACGAGGGCGUCAACAACAUCGAGACCUGCCACGAUCUCGCCCAGAAGUACAUCUCGAUGAUCCGCGACAACAAGGUCAAGGGCUACAAGAUCAUCGACGAGGAGUAGACUUCUGUAGCUAUGCAUUGACUCGGCCCGGCAGGAUACAACGAGAGGAGGCGCUACGCGGCUGGGCGGAGGACGCCGCUCACGUAGCUCACGCUGCUGUCACGCCCUGUCAUGCAGCGCGAGCUCUGCUCGUAGCGCACGAA